AUGGAACCCAUCACCUCACUCUUCAGUGCCUGUGGGAAGUGGGCGUCUGAGAACACUGCCUCGACCUGGAAAUUGGAGGCUGAAGACUGUCAUCUUUCCAUUGGUCAGCGAAGCCCCAUUUUAGAUUGGCUGGACACGGCCUUAAACACAGUCACACGCACAAAUGCGCACACGCAACCGAGCAGCCGGUGCACACGUGCCUGUCUUCAGAAGUGGUACAGCACUGUCGCUAUGCUGAAUGGGGCUGCCACGGCAACAGUCAGUCUUGCCCCCACCUCAAAUUUGGCUCAUCACAUCACCGAAAUCCACGCCAUACUCAACAACGACUCGGGUAACGAGAUUCACCCAUCACGUUUCACAGAUGAUAGGGGCAAGCCCUUCAUUUCGCCUUCGACUGCAACCCUCACUUCGGAUAGUUCUGGCUCUCCAAUCACUGUUCUCCUUACUAAUGGACGUGAAGAAGAUAGAGACGUCACCAGCAGAAUAAGCGGUGACGACAAUGGUAGAAGAGAACAAACUCCGAUACCUUCAGCUGCACGUAACCGUCCUGGGUUCUCUCCACCCUGUCCUCUGUCUGGAAUGUCCCAGCCCAGUCGUGUGGUUCAACAGUCCAGACAGGAGACCCCAUCAAUCCAUCUUUUAAAGCGGCUAAAAACUACCCUGUGGAUUGACAGGGUGCUUCUUCUGCUAGGCGUGAUUCUACCUCUAACUUUAGGCAUAUGUUUCUUCCUUGUCCACUCCUUCACCGAUUUUGCUAGUUGUCGACCGAUCAAGGUGAUUGUUGGCUCCACCAACAAGUUCGUCAAUCAGGUGUGUCGAGCAAAACUGAUCCAAGUGAUUCUCCAGGGUGCAAAGGACGCGGAUAACGACGAGCGCAUAACAGGAAGCCUUCAGCAUGAAUGCUUCCCGAUAAUUUUAAUCCUCAUCGCCCUGCUGAACUGGAUCCCACAUCUGUGUUGGCGUCUGGCGAUUAGACACUCCAUCUAUCGUGACGCCUCUCUGGUGGCUUCUGAACUUAGGAGCUUUCGAAAAACUGCUCAGCGCGAACUCAUCUCCAUUGCAUCGAGUAUCAGCACCGUCCCACUUAGUUCUAAUUUCAUGCCAAUGAUCCAGGAAAUUAGACUUAAGGGUUCCACUCGUCCUACACCCACCCAGCGUCGAAGUAGUGACGAGACGACACUUACGGAACCUUUGGGGAGUUUUCAAAUUCCGAAAAUGGAGAAUACUGUCUCUCCUGUUGACACUGGCUAUGAAUCGGAAAUGGACCUGCCUUCUGCCGUAGUGAUGCAUUUACCAAGGCUGCGAGUCAGUCGGGAUGAUCAUGCACUUAAUAUCUUCCUCGCCGGUUGGCAAAACACGGAUUUUUACAUUCGUCGAUUUAUUGCAAAGCACACAGUCCUCGCCCUAUUUAAUGCAACUACCUUCCUUCUGAUUUUGGGUUUUUCAGUAGUCACCUACGGGGAACCCUUUUCCGGAAGUUUCUAUUGUCGUCCAACGGAGAAAUCGACCACUCUUCACAUCUGCCUAGCUUCAACAACCUUCGCGCUCAACAUGACAGCUUUCUGUCUAGAUGUCUUCAACCUCCGUCUCUCCUACCUUCCUGGACUCACACGAACAGAUUUCCACUUUAUAAAUCUUCUCUGCAAGGAGAAUAGUCGAUACCUUCCUGAUGCUAUGCAACUGCGAGUCUGGCUUCUGCGCUAUGUCUUUUUAUGUCGACGCCUAGGACCUCGUGUUUUUGGACGCAGUGUCUCGACCCCAAAUAACAAUUUGCGUAGUGAGGAUCUCUCAACUCGGUUGGGGUUUAGUAAGGUUCGAAUCAGAGUUGAUAUAUGUGAUCAGUUUUGUUAG